AUGCAGUUUCCGAAAGCCAAGCGAUUUGUAGACAAGCCACCCGACACCAUCCCUCCACCGGGCGCAUACGACGUACCCAUUGCUCUCCCAGAUCCUUCGUACAAGAAGGCGGGCAUGCUCGAGAAGGGGGACCGCUUUGCGAUGGGCGAGCGGGAUGUCAACAAACCGGACACUUUCGGACUGUACAACCCGGACGGCACAGCGGGGGACAAGGAGAAUGCCCGACCAAAGUCUCGCGCAGCCGGCACGACCAGCUCUGCCGCUCUUCACGCCGAGAGGGAACGACACAAGCGUGAGCUCGAAGACCUGCGGGCCCGGUUAUCCGCUUCGCAUGAGAAGGAGGUGUCGAAAGCGCAGGCCAAGGUCGACAAGCUGACGAAGAGGACAGAGGAGCUGAAGAAAGAGCGGGAGGAGCUGGGCAAGGAGAAAGACGGACUGAAGAGCGAAGUUCGACAUCUCACCUCAAAGCUCGCCAAGACGACUACCCUCCUCGAGAAACAUCAACAAUCCCUCCCUUCGCUCCAAUCAAAACUCGAGUCCCUCACCGCCCAGCACACCGCCUCUUCCCAACGCAAAGACAGCGAAAUCGCCACCCUCCGCGGUCGUCUCGAAGAAGUCGAGAAGAACCUCUUCGUCGAGCGCGGACGAUACGCCGUUCUGAAGCGGGACAAGGGGUCCGUUGACGCGGCUCUUGAGCGGGAGAAGCAGGGACGGGCGGAGCAGGCGACUGCGGCUGGCGAGGCAGUCCUCUCUGCGCGUGUGGAAGCGCGCGUUGCUCGACAGGGCGAGCUGUACGAGGCGCGUAUGAGGGAGGUCAAGCUUCGAAGACAGGUCGAGGACCGGAUUGCGCAGGUCGAGAGUCUUGCUGCUUAUGCGGCGGGUCUCGAAGAGCGCGUCAAGGUCGCUGAGGAGUCGCGCGAGGAGGCAGAGUGGCAGCGAUGGAGGAUUCGGGACUUGUGGCGCGACGAGCGGGAGUUGAUGGUCGGGCCCGAGCGGAACGAGAAGGAGUGGCGGCAGCGGGCGAGGGCGGAUCUGAGGGACGCCUCGGGCUUGCGGGAUGAGAUUGCAUCGGCCGAGGAGGAGAAGUAUUGGCGUGUGGAAUGGGACGAGGAGGCGCGGUUGUGGAUGAAGGGACGGGAGAAGCGAUGGGACGAGGAGAAGCGGGCGCUCAAGAAGGAGUUGUCGGACCUCGAGAAGGAGCUCGACCACGCCGUCAACACCGACAUCCCCCGCCUCGAAACCCAGCUCUCAUCCACCGAAGACGCUCUCGCCGACACCAAGUCCUCCCUCUCGACCGCCGAAGAACAAGUCUCGGACCUCUCGUCCGCCCUCGCCGACCUCGAGCAACGCCUCGCAGACGAGACUGAACGGCUGGAAGGCGAGAUCGAGGAGCAGAAGCGGCAUCUCGCGGACGCGAGGAAGGAGGUUGAGAGGGAGCGGACCGAGAAGCGGAGGGUUGUCGGGUUGCUUGCGCAGACGAGGGCGAGCGAGACGGCGCUCAAGGAGGAGGUCGAGAUCCUGUCCGCCGACGUGACCUCCCUCCGCCCUCUCAUCGCCGAAACGACCUCCCUCCGCCAAACAAUCGACCACCUCGCGCGACUCAACGCCGCGAACGAGGCCGAGGCUCAGCAGCUCAUCGCGCAGAACUCGGAGCUCGUCGGACACGGCAACAAGGAUCAGAAGAUUCGGCAUGUUGCGGCGUUGCGGGAGGAGUUGGUCGAGAGUAGGAAGAAACACCUCGCGACUCUCUCGCAACUCGCCUCAGUCCAGCAACGCGUCGCCUCGCUCGAAACCGAACUCGAAACGUACCGUCCCGCAUCGACCGACUCCGCCGUCCCCUCAUCUGGGCUCGCACCGCAACGGGCGCGCGUGAGCCGACCUCAGAUGGCCGACGCCGUCUCCGCCUCCUCUGCCGUCCCAGCUCCGCCUGCUCCUCGAGUGGUCGUCUCCUCCUCCGACUCGCACGCACCGCUCUCGCACUCGCUCGCCGUUGCAGCCCCAACAACCUCCGUCACAUGGGCCGACGACGACCCCCUGCUCCCUCCUCACCUCCAACUCGCAGCGUCGCAGCCCGCUCCUUCAGCCGGUGUCGGUAAGGCGCGAGGAAGGGCAGCGAUCAGGGAAAGGAGGGGAAGUACGAGUGUCAAGAUGGUGGGCAAGAUGAGCGUUAGUGAGUUGCUUGGCUGA